AUGGAGGAAACCUUUUUUCUCCAAAACUUUGAAAACAUCAACGAGGAGAGCAUCCCCUCGCCGCUCAUCCACCACUCGGCGGACUGCCGGGGGGCUAACUCUGCGCGGGGGAAGCCCCGGGCGGGGGCACAAUCGGGGCAACGCCGCGGAGGUGAAGGCUUAGCGGAGGGUCAACCGGACGGCCAAUUGGUUAGCAGCUCGACCAGCCGCGUAGCUAGCCACUUAACUGGCCGCUUAACCGGCGAGUCAGCCGCCACCCCCCGAAAAGACAACUACCUCUGCAUCAACGCGAACGCCUUCAAUGGAAAGUGCUACCGCAAGCAGAUCCCCAUCCUGGAUGACAUCCACCUGCGCUUCUCCCUGGGCGAGUCCCUGGCCUACCUCCUCAACGCCUACCUGCGGAGGGGGCUCAUCCAGAGGGCCCUAUACAACAAGCUGGUGCACUCCUUCCAGGUGGCCAUCAUCGCGACGCUGCGCCAACUGAAGGAGUCCAGAGGCAGCAAGUGGACCAUCAAGGGGAGACUCAUCAACUUCAAAAAGGAAAACAACGUCCAGCUGUUCUACGUGGAGAACGCCGUCCUCUCCUUCGGAAAAGUCGUCCUGCAUGUCCCCCUCCUCAAAAUGAAAUCGAUCGAUUUGUAG